UUCAUAACACCCGGCGGUUCGGGGACUCUCGGGGAAGCCAGAGGUCAUACGCUGCUUAAUCCACACAUGACUUGACUCUUUAUUUGAGUUGACACUUUCACUUUCCGAAUCAAAGUUGACCAACUACGUAAAUAGGACAGACAAGCGUGCAAGCGGCAAAGGGAAGGACGGCCACAUAGACAGGUGUUUUCAUCUUGACGGAUAGCCAUAAGUUGAGCUCUUGAGCAUGGACGAGGAAAUCCAACCAAUCGCCGAGCAACAACCAGCGAACUGGGAGAAAAUCGAUGCAAUAGCCGAUCAACUUGUGCUCCUAGCCAACCAACUACUUGAAUCCAAACUAUCGAGGGCAUCGGCCUCAUCAUCAUCAACGAUCACUCCGCCGGAAGAGAGCUUUGUGGAUGAACUCGAAGCCGACGAAAACUCGAUCUUGCUUGCCGCUCCACUCUUUGCUCGUCUGAAAUCAAUCAAUCGCAGUAGCUCAUCGAUGGUCUCCUCCUUCAAAUCUCAGACUCAGCUGAUCAGGAAUCAGGUCGAUCAAAUUCAUUUGGACUUGCAGAACUUGAUCUAUGAGAGAAGACAUCUGGAAAAAGAAAUUAAGAAAUGUCAAGAAUUCGAAUCGGAGUAUCAAAACAUCUCCAUCCAUUCACUCGAGGAAUACUUCGAGAGGAAUCCGGAGGAUAAACGAGACGGGCCGGAGGAGAUCGAUGGACAUGAACUGAUGAUCAAACGAUUAAAAUUCGAGUUAUCAGAACGCAAAAGGUUCGAAGCGGAGAAGAAAGAACUGCUCCAGAAGAAAUUGAAACUUUCGAAAGAGAACGACGAGAAGAAAUCGAAAUUAGAUGAAUUAGAAAAACAAUUAGACAGAUUCGUUGUCACUGCCAAAGAAAUCCAAUCCAAGAUGGCGAAUCAAGUGUAACAAUCUUGCUUAUAUCAAACAUUUGAUUAGUUCAGAUCCAUCUUUCACAAAUUCUUUCAUCCCACUCCAGAAAAAAAAGUGUAUUUUUGUUGCCAUUCUCUUUCCCUUGUUUUGUUUCUUUCCUGGAAGCUAAUUGCUUAAGAUCACCUCUUGUUUUUAACUAAAUAACU